CCAUGACAGGGGGUGGAAUGAGAUGAUCUUUAAGGUUCCUUCCAAUCCAAACCAUUCUGUGAUUCUAAGUACUGCCAGCCUGGUUCUGCAAACCACUCUGCUGUUCUGGGGUAACAGCUAUUAAAUAACAGCCAAAUGUUUUCAAUCCUUCUUGGGAAAUCCCGUAUCACCUGUGUAAAAUCCAUUUGUCUAUUUAAAAACAAAAAGCAAUUCCUCCUCCUCAGAAUUUACUAUUCUCCACCAGUGCUGCAAGAGUUUUGGAGCUAUAUUGUUCAAACUAAUCUUUCUUUUACUGUUCUCUGUGGGUUUUCUUAGUGAAAAAUUUAGAUUUGGUGUCUCUUAGGCAUUUUGUACAGCACUGAACUCUCUGAUGUGAGUCCCUGCUUUCUGGCCCCAUCUUGACACACUAAUUUCUGAAAUUGUUUUCUGGCCAAGUCCAGGUUUUUUUGAGGGUUUCAUCUGUUUCUGUGUCAACAAGUUGUUCAUAUUUUCCAAAAAAAGUUAUAUGUGCUUUUCCUGCCCAAAGAUGAUUAUGAGAGUUUGUUCUUCAGACUCUCAAACCUGUGUAGGACGGACAGAAAUGUGGUUGUAAGGUGGCUGUGGUAAAGCUUGAUCCACUGGGAUGUGGUGUGAGAUGCAGAUGGCACAAUGGUGAGAGGAAUAUCCCAGGGCAGUCUGUCAUCUCAGUGUCCUUGUGGAGCAGUCCUCACCCUCUGCUGAUAACUGUGGUGGGAGAAAAGAGGGUGGUCAUGUCUGCAGAGGAGGGACCCUACAAGUGGCCAAAGCAGACCUACCUGAGAGAGGUGAGGAGGCAGAGCUCUCUCUCUCUCUCCAGCAGGCAAAAGGAAAAUGUCACUGGUUGUCUGGGCUCUGAAGAAGGUAAAACUCAACAGAUGAACGCCCAGCUUGCAGAAGUCUACCCUGUUUCCAUCACAGAGAGCUCUGGGAGAUGUGGUAGCUGCUCAAUCCCCCAUAGCAACACAGGGAUGUUGGAGUCAUGGCAGAGUAGGAGUGUGCUGUGACCAAUUAAGGGAUUGGGAAAAUUAAUCGCUUUAAAUUGCCCAGGCCUCGUGAUGUCAUGGUAGCCAGAUAUAGACUCUUCCAGCUCAGCGAGGACGGACUUCGCACGAACGGCACAGGCGUAUCUUUAAAUGGAGGCUGUGCUUUGUGAGGACAAACGUAGAGAUGAUGAAUCAGCCGGCACAGAGGGAAUUCAUGUGGGUAGACUCGAGAGCUUUUCAAAUGAGAAGCCCUUGAGGCUUGGCUGUGUCAUCAGAAGAGAAUAAUUAGGAUGGCAGUGCCCAACUUGUAGCUCUUUACCUGUUGGUUGCAGUCCAGGUGAGUGCCCUACCUAACUGUGGCAGGGCUGAGCUCAGGGGCAUCCUCCAGGGUGAUGGUGCUGCAAAGGAAACCAAACCCUUGCCUGUGGGAUUCCUUUGUCCAGGUCCACAGGAGCUGAUGUGCACAUUUCUUUGUCCAGGUCCACAGGAGCUGAUGUGACUAUGCCAUAGCUUGGCUUUCUACCAAAAAAUUGCCUCCUGUAGGAUUCAAGACAAGACAAGAACACAGUGUUGUCUGUAUUGCUCCUCAGUGUACCCUGAUCCACGUUAAGUUGCAAAGGAGAGAGAGAGAGACAGUGCUAGCAGAGUUUUGAAACCUCUUUUGUAUUUACAAAUGUAUCUCAAAAAGUCCCACAAUCAUAACCUGCUCUGUCACCUGCAGUGUAUUUGGAAAAAUAUUUUGGGAUUCCAAAAGUUGGCUUGGCAGCAGGGGGAUAAAAAUGACUGAGGCUUGCUGUGAGAGAGAAGGGGAAAAUAAAGGAGUAGACUGGGUGGAAUGUUCAGUGAGGCAAUGGAAGAAUGAGCCAGAAGUGAGUAAUUAAACAUAAAUUUAUAUAACGCUACAGCAUGCCCAGGGCAAUGUGGUUAGUUAUAUACAAAUAUGUUUGGAUUUUCUAUCACAGAGAUCAAGUACAACUAUGGUAUUUUCUGUGGGUGUAAUCUCUUGAUGUUUGCCUUUUCCCAUUGAUUUACAAGCAAGUGGGAUUUGAUACUAUGGGAACAAACAUAUGAGGAGUGAGCUUAAUAUGAUUUUGAUACAUGUAGUGUACUCUGCCAGCAUGGCUCUCUGUAGGGAUUUCAGUGCUGGACUGAAGCCUUGGGUGAUGGAACCAGUUCCUGCCCUACUUGCAUACACUUAUUAAGUUCCACCUUAAAAUGAGUUACUCUUGCUCAUAUUGUUCACAAGUGAAGGCUGUUCCAGAAAUUGGCUCUUCUGAUGGCUAAGAAACCUAAUUCCCUACGUUUAUUCAGUAGUUUGAGUGUCGGUCACCUUGAAUGAAAAAGACACAUUUUAAGGGUGGUUAUUAUUAUGAAACUGAAAGUUUGUAAGGAGUUUGUCACAAAUUGCAAGUUUCAUUGAGGAAAGGACCUUGGGAGAUCACCUCCAGUCCCAGGGCAGAUCCAAUGCUGUCCGGUGAUUUCUGGCAUUCAUUCUGUAACUGUUUUAAAGUUGUGGGAAGGUUCUGCUGCCUCCUGUCUGACCGAGUCCGGUGCUCUGCUCCCCCCCUGCUACACAGCUUCUGUGAGAGCCACUGCUGUAGGGAACACUCACUCUCUCCACCUUCGCAGCAUCCUCUUACAUCUCUGAAGCAAUCUCUAAACUGGUCAUGUCUCCCCACUCCCCUUUCUACCUUCCCUUUGAGCUCUGUUACCACCACUCAUGAUUCCAGGCUGGCAGUCAGCAGUGAGCUUGGAGUGGGAUGAUCAGCAACAGCAAUUUUGACGUGUCCCUGUCUGAUAGGUUUACUGCUUUAAUCUUUCCCAACUUUUCUUAUCAUGCCCCCGUAAUGUGUUGCACACAGAAUAAAAAAAUUGGCCGAUACACAAGGACAUGCCAGGGUUUUAUAGAUCCCUGCUGAUAUUUUUUUCCUUGACGCCAUAAACGAAACCAGCGUUCAAGUUGGGUUAUUGUAGAAACUGCCCCUUGGCUUUGGCUGUUAUGGAUGAGAUGGUUUCUGGGAACGCCUGGCUUUGUAUGGGCAGAUUACUCUCUUUGUACAUGCACUUCAUUUAUAAUAAUCAGUAUAAGAUUGAAACAGGUUUCUGUGCCCUGCUUGGGUGAAUGUUGAUUGUUCCCGAGGGCUUGCAGUGGUGUCAAAUGAAAUAUAUUUUUAUUUUUCCGGAAGGCUGUUUAAAAUGAAGAUUGUGAUAAAGUUUAACAAUAUCACCUAAAUUCAUUUAUUCCCCCCCCCCCAAAAUUAUCUCCCUCCUUGUGUUUCCUCAUUUCACUGGGGUGAAUGAAUACUGGGAAUGAAGUAGCUGUGCCUUCACUGACAGAAAUACCACCUGUGGCAGACCUGCUCUUCGUUGGCUUCAGAGGAGUAACCAGCUUGUGGAUUUGGAGCAAGGCGUUCGGAGUCACCAGGGGGGUGAGAAGCACAGGGCUGCGAGAUGUCGGGCCGGAGCGGGAAGAAGAAAAUGUCCAAACUGUCCCGCUCGAGCAGGGCUGGUGUCAUUUUCCCCGUGGGGAGGAUGAUGCGCUACCUGAAGAAAGGGACGUACAAGUACCGGAUCGGUGUGGGAGCGCCCGUGUACAUGGCAGCUGUCAUAGAGUACCUCGCAGCUGAAAUUCUAGAGCUGGCGGGAAACGCGGCGCGGGACAACAAGAAAGGGAGAAUUGCCCCCAGACACAUCCUCCUGGCAGUUGCAAAUGAUGAGGAACUGAAUCAGUUGCUAAAAGGUGUGACUAUUGCAAGUGGGGGUGUCCUGCCCAGAAUUCAGCCUGAGCUUCUGGCCAAGAAACGGGGUGCCAAAGGCAAGUCUGAGACCAUCCUUUCCCCUGCUCCCGAGAAGAAGGGGAGGAAAUCCGUGGUGAACAAAAAGAGUGGGAAGAAGGCAAAGUCUCCCAAGGCCCGGACAUCCAAAAAGAACAAGCAAAAAGACAAUGAAAAAGAAGGAGCUUCGAACUCAACAUCUGAGGAUGGACCUGGGGAUGGUUUCACUAUCUUGUCCUCCAAGAGCCUUGUGCCAGGACAAAAGCUUUCUCUGACACAGAGUGACAUCAGCCAUAUUGGCUCCAUGAAAGUAGAAGGCAUCGUUCACCCCACAACUGCUGAAAUAGAUCUCAAGGAGGAAAUAGGCAAGGCGUUGGAAAAGGCUGGAGGAAAAGAGUUUUUAGAAACAGUGAAAGAGCUUCGCAAAUCUCAAGGACCUUUGGAAGUUGCUGAAGCUGCACUCACUCAGUCUAGCGGCCUAGCAGCAAAGUUUGUCAUCCACUGUCACAUCCCACAGUGGGGCUCGGACAAGUGUGAAGAGCAGCUCGAGGAGACUGUCAAGAACUGCUUAACAGCUGCAGAAGACAAGAAGUUGAAGUCCGUGGCGUUCCCCCCGUUUCCCAGCGGCAGAAACUGCUUCCCAAAACAGACAGCAGCCCAGGUGACUCUCAGAGCUAUUUCCACCCAUUUUGAUGGCACCAGCUCUUCCUCCUUGAAGAACAUUUACUUCCUGCUCUUCGACAGUGAAAGCAUCGGCAUCUACGUGCAAGAAAUGGCCAAGCUAGACACCAAGUAGCAGUGGCAGCCAAAUGAAACUUUAUUUUUCAACAAACUUGAGUAGCAUUAAAAGCAUUAGAGGUGGGUUUUAUUUUUUCAAUGUGAUGAGGAGGGGGAGUGGUAGUAGUGUGAUGUGUUGUGACUUGAUGAAGAGCUGUGACUAGAGAUGAGAGGGGUUUAGUCCGAUUUCUUCAUGCUAUCAGCAUCCUCUAGCAAUUUCUAUCACCUUAAGCAAUUGAGUUACCAUCUGUUUUUGGGAGUUUAGUGUCCCUUGGUACUUUAGUUUAGGAGUUUUGAAAGAGUAACCUCAUUUUAGAUUUGUAGUGAUGAUUUCUCCACACACACCACUUUAAAGAAAGCUCUUAAAAAUGUUCUGCUCCCUUUUCCCCUCCCUUGAGGGUAGAUGGUAAACUGCCUUCAGCCCACAGAGAGAGGGGAAAAGGAUUUUAGAAGUGAUGCAUGAGAAGCUUCUGUUUUGCUUUUAACUCACAAUAACCUCUGUAAUUACUGAGAAUAUUUCAUGCUGAUUUUGUUUGUUUUAUAAGAAAAAAAA